AUGGACUGUGCUCUGCGAGGCGUCGGACCUCGGACCGGGUUCCAGGGCGAGGCUUUUCCAGAAGGCUCCCACCGAGCAUCUAUGGCCGAUAAACCUCUGUGUCAAGGCCGAAAGGCCAUGUACUUCAGUGUGAAAGCGGAUCUCAAAGCCAGAAAGGAAGUCAACGAAUUCAGAAAUUGGUAUUCAUGUACACGGCUUUGCGAAAGCUGCCUUGCAGAGAAGCCUGCCAAGAACAACAACCCGGGGAUGGAUUUUCGCAACCUCCAAGCCGAUGCCCCAUACUUCUACACAAGGCUGAACCAGGAGCAGUUCUUGAAGUUUGAUCAUGCUCCACCGUGGUCUUGCGUGCCUGGCUAUCGGAUCGAAACGGUUUCCUUAGAUAUCAUGCACAACAUUUAUCUGGGUCUUUGGAAAGAUGUGAUGGCAAGUGCUGUGGGGAUGCUGCUAUUGGCCGGUGUCUAUGAUAUCUACGGCAGCACUGCAGAAGAGCAACUGAAAGGAGCAUGGGAGCAGAUGCGGUCGGAUUGUCGCCGCCGUGGGAUUCACAUCUGCAAGCCCGGGUUUACGCUUGCCAACACACACCUGGAUGGAGACGGCUAUGCUGAGCUUGGAAGUCGUUUCAAGGCAGCGAACGUGAAGAACAUGGAAUGGUGGCUGUGUCGCGAGAUGCAGCGAGUUGCUGAGAAACUAACUGACCGCCCGCUUCAAGUAUUGGCGACUCUCUGUUGGGCCUUGCAGCACACCAUCGAGCUGAUGGAUUCGACAGACCUUCUUUUCAACGAGGACGAUGCCCUUGAGGCUUCACGAUGUUUGUUUUUAUUCCUUGAUUGCUAUCAAUGGCUUGCUUGCGACGCAUGGCACAAGAAUCUUCUGUUCUUCAACCUUCGACCCAAAUGCCAAUGCUUGUGGCACACAGCUCACAACAUUCGUGAACUGAAGAUAAGCCCGCGAGUAUUUCAAAACUUUGACGAAGAGAGUUUCUUAGGAAAGAUCAAAAUGAUCGCGUGUAAAUGCCAUGGAAAGACCAUGACCCACCGUGUCUACGAAAGGUACAUACUAGUGCUUGCGAUUGUCGUUGAGCGAAUGCGGCGCAACUCCAAAUUUGCCUCUAGUGCAGUCUAA